AUGGAGGCAGUGAGGAGAUGGAGGGCCGACUGGAGGUAUCCCACUACUCUGCUGUGCAUGUACGGAUUCUUCAGCACAGUUAAACCCCUGGAGCCUUUCCUCAUCCCAUACUUGACAGGACCGGACAAGAAUCUGACGACAGAACAGGUAAACAAUCAAAUUUUCCCGGUGUGGACGUACUCCUACCUGUGCAUGCUGGUGCCGGUGUUCCUGCUGACUGACUGGCUGCGUUACAAGCCUGUGGUGGUGUUCCAGUGUGUCACCCUCUUCAUCACCUCAGCAAUGAUACUCUGGACGAAAAGUGUAGCAGCAAUGCAGGCCAUGCAGUUCUUCUACGGGGUGGUGACCGCCAGCGAGGUGGCCUAUUUCUCCUACAUCUACAGUGUGGUAGAUCUGAAGAGGUACCGGAAGGCAACAUCUUACAGCCGCAGUGUGCAGCUCCUGGGGUACACAGUGGGCUCUGUGCUGGGUCAGCUGCUCGUCAGCUUCAACCUCAUGUCCUACAACAACAUCAUGGUAUUUACUCUAGUACUCACCGCCAUCGCUCUCCUCGCUUCCUGCCUCUUGCCAAUGCCACAGCAGAGCAUGUUCUUUCACCGAAGACAUACUACUGGACAGACAGAGGGUACAAAGAGGCAGCAGGUAAGUGGGACUGGAGAUGCAACAGAGCACACAAGCGGAUUAAAGGUAUCCCUGGAGGAUAUGAGAGAUGAAAAAGUUGAUAACAUAAGUGAAACAGAGGAGGGAGCAGUAAAAGGACUGGAUGAAAAAGGGACUAAGAGUGAAGACUUUGAGGAGUUGGUUGGCACAGGGAGCUGCAGCCAAGUCCUCCUCCAGCUGUGGAGGGACUUUCGCCAGUGCUAUUCCUCCAGACAGCUGCUCUACUGGUCAGUGUGGUGGGCAAUGGCCACCUGUGGCUACAACCAGACUGCCAACUAUGUGCAGGUGCUGUGGGAGCAUGUGGAACCUUCCCAGAACUUCACUAUCUACAAUGGAGGCGUGGAGGCAGUGUCCAACCUGUUGGGUGCAGCAACAUCCUAUGGUAUAGGCUUCACUGAGGUGAGAUGGGAACAGUGGGGAGAGCUGGCCCUCGGCGGUUUCUCUGGACUCGGGGCAGCAGCACUCUUCCUCAUGACCUUCAUCGGCAACAUCUGGGUCUGCUACACUGGUUAUGUCAUUUUCAAGUGCCUGUACAUGCUGCUGAUAACAAUAGCCAUGUACCAGAUUGCAGCUGACUUGUCAAUGGAAAGAUAUGCACUGGUCUUCGGAGCAAACAACUUUGGAGCAUUGGCUCUACAGACAAUCAUCACUUCUGUUGUAGUUGACAGUGGAGGACUGGGCCUUGGCAUCAUUCCUCAGUUCACCAUAUAUGCCAGCUACUUCUCAGUCAUCGCUGUUGUUUUUUCACUUCGGGGACUGUUUACCAUUUGGAGAGCACAGAGAAGCAGCAAAGAGUCCACUCCUCCAGUCAAAAAUGACCCUCAAGACUGCAAGGAACACACUUUCUGA